AAAAUGUGACUCGAACAAAACAUAUUGCGGAAAAUAACUCGUAAACGUUUCAGAAUUGGGUACCUUUCAAUUUUAAAAUGAAAGUCAAACUUGUAAGGUUUAGGUCUCAAGUUCUUUCCAAAUCUGAUACCAACCAACCUAGCUUCCAUUGUCAUCGAUGUCAAGUUUACUAAAGUAAUCUGUACUGGCGUCAAAGAUUGUCUUGCCUAAAUCCGUGUCAACACUUUUAACCUCGCCGGAAACCCUAUCAAAUUGUAAACCCUUGCUACUCCGUGCUUGCUUCUGUGUGUGUGAUUGCCGAUUGGAGCAGGAAGAUGGCGGUUCCGCAGGUGAAAUUCCCACUAUUCUUAUGCGUGCGGGUUCUAGGUGUAAUUGUGGCUGCUUUGGUUCUGAUAUGGAAUAUCCGCUAUAGAGGAGGAUUGGCUCUCAUAUCAGACGACAAAAGUCUCAUCUUCAAUGUUCAUCCUGUUCUGAUGGUGAUUGGCCUUGUUCUGCUGAAUGGGGAAGCCAUGCUAGCAUACAAAACAGUAACAGGAACAAAAAGUUACAAAAAGCUAGUGCAUCUCUCCCUCCAGUUCAUGGCAUUUCUGUUUGGCAUAAUUGGUUUAUGGGCUGCUUGGAAGUUCCACAAUGACAAAGGCAUUGACAACUUCUACAGUCUGCAUUCAUGGUUGGGGUUGGCUUGCUUAUUCCUAUUCACCAUUCAGUGGGGAGCUGGAUUUGUGACAUUCUGGUAUCCGGGUGGUUCAAGAAACAGCAGGGCAUCUUUGAUGCCAUGGCACGUGUUCUUUGGAGUGUAUAUUUAUGUGCUUGCUGUUGCUGCUUGUGCUACUGGGUUGUUAGAAAAAGCUACCUUUCUUCAAACCAACAACAUAAUUUCACACUAUUCUGCAGAAGCAAUGUUGGUGAAUAUUUUGGGGGUUUUGAUUGUUUUCUUGGGUGGUUUUGUUAUUCUUGGUGUUAUAUCACCUCCAAAUGGCAAAGGCGAUGUUCUUAGAGGAUCUGUAGACUUCAUUAACAUGAGAUUGAAAAAGCAGAAGCGUCAUCGCAGAAGUGUUAGAUUCUACACAACAUGCUUUGGUUUCAGAGCACCCUUCAAAGUCUUGUGUGAUGGAACAUUCAUACACCAUCUUCUUGUUAAUCGCAUCACUCCAGCUGACACAGCCCUCUCUAACAUCCUAGGUGCUCCAGUCAAAAUGUUCACAACCAGAUGUGUUCUUGCAGAGUUGAAAAGUCUCGGUGAAUCCUACUCUGAUUCUCUUAAUGUGGCCCGUGAUCUUGCACCUGCAAGGUGUGAUCAUGAGCAGAGGAAGAGUGCUGUGGCCUGUUUAACAGAAGUUAUUGGGGAAGACAAUUCAGAGCAUUUCUUUGUUGCUAGUCAAGAUGCUGACUUGCGCAAGAAGUUUCAAGAGAAACCAGCUGUCCCUGUAGUAUUUGCACUUAGAAAUGCUUUGUUUCUUGAACCUCCAUCUCAGUCUCAACAACAGUUUGCCAAAUCUGCUGAAGAACAACGCUCACAUAUGAAUGAGUUGGAGUUUAAGAUGCUUGUUAAAAGGAAAAAGAAAAGUUCAGUGAAUGAGGAAUUAGGAGAAGCCUCUGAUGGGGAUGAAGAUUUGUCAAAAAAGAUUAUAGAAGAUCUGAAGAAAAAUGCUGCUAAAAGGAAUAAUACGGAUGUGAAGGAUAAAGUACAAUUCAAGAGAAAGAAAGCCAAGGGUCCAAAUCCGUUAUCUUGUAAGAAGAAGAAAACCGAGAACCAAAAACCUGUUGCUAACAAGGAAGGUAAUGAGAAUGAGAGUGCUGAAACAAUAAGGAGCAGGAGCAAGAAAAGGAAGAGGUCUCGUAAGCAGAAAAGUCUCACUGAUGCAACUGCCUAAAUCAUGUUUUACAUAUAAAGUCUUCACAAGAUGAAGUGAUUUGUUUGUUUUGUGAUAAAGUUGUCAAGAACUACAUAUGAGUAGGAGUCUGUAGAGCUUAGGCUCAAUUUUUGUAGUAAUUUAUGGGCUCUGAGUAUUAUAGCCUGUUAUAGUUAAUUUAUGCUAAUGUGGGUUUUUAAUUAAUCUGGAUGCUAAUUGUGAAAAGAUAGUGUUCUUGUUAAAGUAUUAUCUAUUGAUGAAUGACGAUGCGA